AAAGUCGUACGUUUAAAUCAAUAAAAUGCCGGCCGUACCAGGCAUGUAUCAACAAGCUCCUUCAUGCUGGGAUAGGAUAAAGCUUGGUUUUAUGAUUGGAUUUUGUGUUGGUAUGGCAUCUGGUUUUCUGUUUGGCGGGUAUUCUGUCGUUAGAUAUGGACUAAGAGGAAGGGAAUUGGUAAACAAUGUUGGAAAAGCGAUGAUUCAAGGUGGUGGAACAUUCGGAACAUUCAUGGCCAUAGGAAGCGGAAUAAGGUGCUAGUAUUUAAAGACUGAUACAUUGGAGAUUUAGGAUACAAAAAAGUGUAGUAUGAAGAUAUUCUGUUAAUUUCUUAAUAAAAAGUUUCUAUGUAACAAGGCCAUACCUUCCAUUGCUACUACAGUGGUAUCAUCCAUAGGAUUUGUCUUUCCUGGGAUGUUUAGUCCAAAACUCAAAUGGCGAAUCUUGUGGGUCAUAUUAAAUUGUGUUGAUGUAUAUGGUUUGACAUCAUGCACUAUAAGCAAAAUAAAGAUCAUAAUAUUAUUA